UCUUCUUCACUUUUUCUUUCUUCUUCAUCUACUCCGUGUAGCAGAGACGACUCCUGCGCAUCUUCUCUGUACCAGACGGCGGUCCGCUCUCUAUACCAGUCGUGAGUUCUCUCCAAAAAUGGAGUCACCCAAAUCAUCUGUUGGAUCUUGCCCAUCACCUCCUUCCAAGACUGAUACAGGUGGUACCAGUUCCGAAGGGAAAAGGAGUUUGGAUGACACGAUGGAUAUUGGUGGUAGCACGGAGAAGAGCCCUAACCAGAAGUUGAAGGAUGCGAUAAUCAAUGUAUUGGAAACUAUCAAUGCCACUAUGAGUUCAAGAGAACAGAGCAGAAAAGCCAGGGAAGAGGCUGGUACGAUGAGUUAUGGUGAUAUUAGUUCUGAUAGCUCAAGUGAUAGUGAUGAUGAUUGUUAUGUAGGGAUAAUUUUAGUUGGUGUUGCAUACCUAUUGUUGGAAGAGGAAGAGUCUGAGUCUGAGUCGGAGGACUCCAUGUAGAAACUCAACUUGAAGGUAAGAGUAUUCGAAUAACUUAAUUUAAAUGAUUUAACUUAGCAUAUUCAUUAAGUUUCUCAUAAGUGUAGUCUUUUUCUCAAAUUAAUAAGUUAUUACUAUGUUGAUGAUGGUGGUUAUCCAAA